AUGGACCUGUCUUAUGUCAAAGCCCCGGCCAACACUGGAACAUUGGUGUCCGUGAUCUUCGCGAUGCGAUUCCAAGUCAUUGCUUUCGCCCAUCCUACAUUAUCUCAUUCUUCUACUUGCUGA